CGCGCGUCAGUCGCUCGCGGGCUGCGACCGCGUUCAUGCUGCACGCAUGAGCCAUGAAUUAAAUUGCGCUCGCUCGUGCCGCGUAGUCUCGUUUUUUAUUUUUUUUUUUUAAUUUACUCCGUUACACAUUUUGCAUUCGGCCUCUCUGCGCGCGCGCAUCUUUGCGCGUGGGACAAAUUAGCGACCUACGUUCAGGGGAUCCGGCGGAAGUGAAGAUCACAGGAGAAUUCGCACACUACACACUUGACAUACACCUGCGUGCAAAGUGCGUGUCUGUGAUACCCCUUCUCCCCCGAGAGAGUGCGGGUGAAAGAGAGCGCGAGGAAGAGAGAGCGGGACAAAUAAAAGGAGAGACACGACGGCGUGCGAUGGCUGCGCGGCCACGCAUUGGCCCUUCCGGUGGUGAACGCGCUUCCGGAAUUGCCCAGGACUUCGUCCUGCCCAAGGCGCGAUGGACUACCAGGACGACGUUCGCCGUCGUGGCGGCGUUCGCCGUCCUCCUCUGCGUUACUGACGUCACGGCCAUUAGAUCGGGCGACGGCUGCGGGAAUGGCAUGUUCAGGUGUAACGACGGCAAAUGCAUACAGUCGAUUCUCGUGUGCGACUAUCGCGGCGAUUGCGAUGAUAACAGCGACGAAAUGCAGUCGUGUCCGCCGCCCGACUGCGAGCUCGGUCAGAUCACGUGUGGCCAGUAUAGUUUCAACAAGACGUACUGUAUACCCCCGCAUCAACGAUGCGACAUGACCGUCGAUUGCGUCGACGGUACUGACGAGGACGGCUGUACAUACAGAAAAUGUCAGCCAGACGACUUCAGGUGCGUCGGCACCACGCCGGAGCUUUGCAUACCCAAAGAGAAAAGAUGCGACGGUUACUUAGAUUGCCGAAACGGCAGGGACGAGGAAGGAUGUGGAAAUAACAUGUCGAAGCCAGCCUGCCGGCUGGAUCAGUUCAGGUGUAAUACCACGCAGCGCUGCAUCGACCAAAGUGCGAGGUGUAAUCACAGGGACGAUUGCGGUGACAUGAGCGACGAGGAGCAUUGUAGUUUUCCACCUUGCACCAGCGAUCAAUUCCGGUGCGCCAAUGCGCUUUGCAUCCCUAUAGCGUAUCAAUGCGAUGGUUACACAGACUGCCACGAUAAUUCCGACGAGAGUUCCUGCACAAUGACAGUUUGUCCAGGAAAUAAGUUUAUGUGCCCAAAGGGUGCACCAGAUGGGAAGCCAAUGUGCAUCAAUCGGUCUCAACUAUGCGAUGAAAAACAGGACUGCGAGGACGGGGCGGAUGAGGAAGCGGCGUGUUCGAUGAGUAUGUGUGGUUUGCUCAACUGUCAACAUAAAUGUCAAGCGUCUCCCACUGGAGGGGCUUGCUAUUGUCCCGAGGGAAGAAUCCUUGCCAACGAUUCAAGGACCUGCGUCGAUCGGGACGAGUGCUCAGAAUGGGGCUUCUGUGAACAGCUGUGCGAUAACACUGACGGUUCAUACAUGUGUAGUUGCGCUCUUGGUUACACCCUUCACGGUCGCAACAAAUGUCGGGCCCAGAACUUCUCGUCUCUGGAGCUUUUGCUCGCUCAAGAUCGCGCAGUGUGGCGAUUAAGCGCCACUGGCGAGGAUCGCAAGGUCAUCGCAAAUACGACCGGUGCUAGCGGGCUGGACUACAUGUACUCGCGGGGCUUACUUUUCUGGAGUGACAUGAAAACGCGAAAGGUGCAUUCGGAGUCUCUGAAUCUCGGUAACGUCGUACCGCGGAAAGUGGACAUCAGUAUGGCAGGAUCUUGGGGACCCGUGUCCAUCGCGGUGGAUUGGGUUGGUGAUAAAUUGUACGUGGCGGACUCCAUUGUGCAGAAAGUGGACGUAUUCGAGCUGGACGGACGCUACCAUGGAAUCGUUGUGGGUUCCAAUCUCACUAACCCGGCUGACAUCGCAUUGGAUCCUACAAGAGGUCUCAUGUUCAUUGCCGACAGCAAGCAGGUUCUCCGCACUAACAUGGACGGCACCAACGCGUUCCCUGUAGUCUCAGAAGCGGCUUAUAAAGUUUCUGGAGUGGCUGUGGAUAUUAUCGCCAAGAGGAUUUAUUGGUGUGACUCAUUGUUGGACUAUAUCGAAACGACAGACUACCGAGGCCGCAACAGAGUUAUGAUUCUCAGAGGACCUCAAGUGCCAUCCCCAAUCAGACUCACCCUCUUCGAGAAUAGGAUUUACUGGUCGGACAGUACUAAGCAAGCAGUCAUGAGUGUCGACAAAACUCAGGGAGAUUAUUCCAUCCAAAGCGUGUUUAAGAUACGCGAUGCUAAAGCUAUAAAAGCACUACAUCCUCUUGUGCAACCCAGCGUCUCUAAUCCUUGUGGCAACAACAAUGGUGGUUGUCAGCACAUGUGUAUCGUCACUGCCUCCAGCGACCAGAGCAACCGGCUAGGCUAUCGUUGCGCCUGCCAUAUUGGAUGGCGAUUAGCGAGCGACAUGAGAAACUGCAACUUGGUGCAGGAGUUCCUUAUGUACUCUCAACAAAGGUUCAUCAAAGGUCGCGUACUCAAUCCAGUAAUGGAAGGUUUCAGCGAUGCCAUCUUACCGGUGGUAUCCAGACGAGCGCGAUUCGUUGGACUGGAUUAUGACGCACACGACCAGUACAUUUACUACAGCGAUGUUCUUCAAGAUGUCAUAUACAGGGUACACCAGAAUGCAACCGGACGAGAAAUCGUCUUGGCCAGUCAAAACGAGGGAGUGGAAGGACUCGCAGUUGAUUGGGCUGCCAAGAAUUUGUACUAUAUCGAUUCACGUAAAGGCACACUGAAUGUCCUCAGCACUAGGAAUGUCACAUAUCGGCGAACACUAUUGAAGAAUCUGAAGCGACCUCGCGCAAUUGUAAUCCAUCCGAACCAUGGUUAUAUCUUUUUCUCUGAAUGGGACCGUCCAGCCAACAUCAGCAGGGCGCACGCUGACGGUUCCAACCUAGUCGUUUUCCAGAACUUAACUUUGGGUUGGCCGAACGGUUUGGCGAUUGACUUUAACAAGGACCGAUUGUACUGGUGUGACGCUCUUUUAGACCACGUGCAGCAUUCAAAUUUAGACGGCACGGACGUACGAACGGUCGACUCCAGACUAAUCCGACAUCCGUUUUCCAUUGCCAUUCAUGAGGAGUGGAUGUACAUUACUGAUUGGCGUUUAGACGCCAUUAUUCGACUUCAUAAGGAAACCGGUGAGCAGGAAGCGAUCUUGGUUCGUGAGCCGGCCACCAAUAGACUUUAUGGCGUGAAGGUCUUCAGCCGUGAAAUUCAGAUGACAGCACCUAACCAUCCUUGCACUAUCAACAAUGGGGGUUGCGAAAAACUUUGCUUCGCUAUUCCGGAUAAUUCUUCGCAUUCCGACGCCAUUGUUUUCCCUGAACCUGCGAACAAGUCCCCACAGAAGCUUAUUCAAGUAUGCGGAUGUCCCUACGGAGAACGUCUUCAAGGCAAUGGUAGGAGUUGCGCAGCGGACCCUGAUGGGGAACCACCCUUGCAAGCUUGUCCGCAUACUUGGGAUUUUACUUGCGCAAAUCAGAGAUGUGUACCAAAGUCUUGGGUGUGCGACGGCGAAAACGACUGUCUCGACAACAGCGAUGAAACGCAAAACUGCACGAAACCAACUUGUGGUGCGAAUGAAUUCCAAUGCAAGUCCGGCCGCUGUGUACCAAUAACAUUCCACUGUGACUCCGAAAACGACUGCGGCGAUUAUAGCGACGAAAUGGGCUGUCCAAAUGUUACGUGUAGCGCAAACCAAUUCGCCUGUGCCAACAACAGGUGUAUUCCCGCGACCUGGAAGUGCGACUCUGAAAACGACUGCGGUGACAGCUCCGACGAGGGCGAGUUCUGUGCAGCGAAAACCUGUUCGUAUUUCCAGUUCACCUGCCCACGUUCCGGCCAUUGUAUACCGCAAUCUUGGGUGUGUGACGGAGACAGUGAUUGUUUCGACCAACAAGAUGAGAUGGACUGUCCACCAGUUACUUGUCUCAGUACGCAAUUUACGUGCGCCGAUCAGAAGAUGUGUGUUUUAUCAUCGUAUAAGUGCGACGGUAUUAGUGACUGUAAUGACGGUUCCGAUGAAGUAGGUUGCCCAUCGUUGGCACCGGAUCAGUGUAAUCUCGAUAAACAGUUCCAAUGCGUUAGCUCAGCCAUCUGCAUACCUAAAAAUUGGUAUUGCGACGGUACCGCGGAUUGUCCCGACAAGUCCGACGAGCCAGAAUCCUGCGGAAAGAUCGACUGUCAGCCUGGAUUCUUCAGAUGCCAAAACGACAAGUGUGUGUUCAAGGCGUAUAUCUGCGAUGGCAAAGACGACUGCGGUGACGGCUCUGAUGAGAACACCGAGCUGCAUGCGUGCGGACCUCCUCCAUUUAAAUGCGACUCCCAGCAGUGGAGAUGCCCGAAUGUGACGAAUCGUUGUAUACCCACGGUCAAUGUAUGCGAUGGCAAACCGGAUUGCCCGAAUGGCGGAGAUGAAGGAUUUGGUUGCGAUCUCUCCGAAUGCACUCAUCAAGCUGGACUGUGUACUAAUGAUUGUUUUCAAACACCAAUUGGCGCGCAAUGUUCUUGUCCAGCUGGCGAAGAACUUACUAGCGAUGGUUACACAUGUCAAGAUAUGAACGAGUGUGAACCGCCAGGGAGAUGCUCACAGAUCUGCGUGAACACGAAGGGCAGCUAUUACUGUAACUGUGUAGAGGGUUACACGUUGGAGAAAGACAAGCACACUUGCAAGGCGUUUAACCACAGUGCUGCCUUCUUAAUUAUUUCCAAUAGGCAUACUAUUCUGGUGGCUGACCUUCAGGAUCAAGCAUUGGAACGGGUUCCUAUCAAUGUGGAAAACGUUGUGGCGACCGCCAGCAAUAUGCAUACUGGUACAAUCUUUUGGUCCGAUAUGAAGUUGAAGCGAAUCUCGCGAUUGGAUCGUGGUAGUGAUCCUCAAGACAUCAUUAGUACUGGUCUAGACUUGGUAGAAGGUCUUGCUUACGACUGGAUUGGUCAUAACCUGUACUGGUUGGAUUCUAAGUUGAAUACGAUUGAAGUAGCUAAAGAAACUGGAGCUGGAAGAAUGAUACUCGUUAAGGCGAACAUCACACAACCUCGUGGAAUGUGUUUGGAUCCCAGUCCACGUGCAAGAUGGCUCUUCUGGACUGACUGGGGAGAAAAUCCUAGAAUCGAAAGAAUCGGAAUGGACGGUAAUAAUCGAUCAACCAUCAUCAGUACGAAGAUCUAUUGGCCUAACGGUUUGGCUUUAGACAUCGCGAAUCGCAGAAUCUACUUUGCGGAUAGCAAGCUCGACUUUAUUGACACUUGUCUCUAUGAUGGCAGUAAGAGGAUUCAGGUUUUAGCCAGCUCCCAUUAUCUUUUGCAUCCUCAUUCUCUUACACUCUUCGAGGACACUAUGUAUUGGACUGAUAGACAGCUUAAUCGAGUGCUGUCAGCGCACAAGUUCAUGGGCUCCAAUCAGACGGUGGUGUCGCAUUUAAUCUCGCAGCCUCUUUCCAUACAUGUACAUCAUCCGGUAUUACAGCCAAUUACACCAAAUCCUUGCGCUAAUGCAAUGUGCGAACAUCUGUGUCUUCUAUCGCACAAUAAUCCAAUGGGAUACAGUUGCAAGUGCCAGGUUGGAUUCAAAUUGCUGUCCAAUGGACGAUGCAUGGAAGAAGAAACGCCAUACUUGAUGAUUCUCCGAGGAUCACAGAUCGUUGACGUUUCCUUGACGCCUGGAGAAGUAAAAACUGGGUAUAUUACACCUGUUGUCGGUGUGGAAAACGGAAGAUUUAUCGAUUACGAUCGGAAUAAUCGUGUCAUCUAUUGGCUGCAAGGCAAAGAUGGCGACGACGAGAAUGGCACAGUUUAUACCAUUCCCUACAACGGUGGUAACAGGACAGAGUUCCCUAAUCCCGAAGGCGAUAGUGGCAUCGUUGGUUCACCAUCUACUAUGGCGUUGGAUUGGCUUGGCCGUAAUUUAUUUAUUGGCAACAAGUUCGCAUCCAACAUCGAAGCUAUUAAAUUGGACAGCAAAAUGCGUUUUCGUACAAUAAUUUUGGCAAACGAUGGCAACCGGACAUCGGUUUCUAAACCAAAAGCAAUGUGCGUAGAUCCUAUCGAUGGACAGGUGUUUUGGGUGGACGAAGGUGGUUUUGGAGUACCCCAAAAAAUCGGACGAGUAAACAUGGACGGUAGUAAUCCAUUGGUUCUUGUGGAAAAUUUGGAACGUCCUGAGGCUAUCACUAUCGAUAUUCCUAGCAAGACGUUAUACUUUUCCUGCCAAAAUCCAGCUUUUAUCAAAGCCAUGUCAACAGACGGUUUAAACGUCCGCACUAUCCUCACUGCGGCGAAUAACCUAGCAUUGCCGAAGGCAUUAGCCGUACAUGAUUCUCGCUUGUAUUACUUGGAUCCACUUUACGAUAAAAUCGAACGUGUCGAUUUACCUAAUGGCGAUAAUCCAGUCACGCUCAUCGAUAACGAUUCGGAGCUUCGUACUCUAACUAUUUAUAAGAAACGUGCCACUGGAUCUCACCCUUGUCUUAACAAUAAUGGCGGCUGCGAACAGAUUUGCCUGCCCGCGUCGGGAGGCACUCGUGUUUGUGCUUGUGGAAUAGAAUAUAGAAAAGUCGCUGAUGGUAAAUGUGAGCCUUACAAGACAUUCGCGGUGGUCACUCAGCUAGAUGUUGCUAGAGGCUACAGUCUCAAGGAUUCCAAGGAGGCCAUGGUGCCAAUCGCUGGAGUUGGUCAUCAUAUUCUGCACGUGGACGUGCAUUAUGCGGGCAAUUGGAUAUAUUGGGUGGAGUUUAAUCGAGGCAUUUGGAAUGGUAUCUUUAGAAUACGACCUAACGGCACAGAAUUGCAACAAGUGAUCAAACAGGGAAUUGGUUCUAAUGGAAUCCGCGGUCUGGCCGUGGAUUGGAUCGCUGGAAACUUGUACUUUGCUAAUGUCUUUCCUCAUGACAACUAUGUAGAGGUUUGCAGGUUGGAUGGCUCCAAUCGAAAAGUACUUGUAAAGACGACAACGGAUGCUCCUCGCGAGUUGGCUGUGAAUCCCAUCAAGCGAUACCUAUAUUGGAUUGAUUAUGGACAGUAUCCUCGAAUAGGCAAGGCUUACCUCGAUGGUAGCAACUGGUCCCCUAUUGUGACAUCUGGAAUUAGCACACCACGUGACCUGACGAUCGAUCCUGCGACACAUGAUAUUUAUUGGGUGGACUCUAAACUGGAUACCAUUCAGAAAGUGUCCUAUACCGGCGGGGGUCGAGAAAUCAUCCGUAGGAAUUUACCAAAUCCAAUGGGCGUCGCCAUUUUCAUCGGAGAUGUCUAUUGGGUAGACCGGAAUUUAGCCACCGUUUUUAAAGCAAGUAAAUUGAAAGGCAACACUAGUCUUCCCAUACCUGUCAGGACCAAUCUACAAAAGCUCAGAGACAUCGUCAUUUUUGAUCAGAGCAGCCAGCCCUCAGAUAUAACCAAUCCUUGUAGUCAGGAAAUGAAUAAUAGCGGUUGCUCUCAGUUGUGUUUUGCUUUCCCGAAGGACAAUGUUAAACCGUUCACUUGCGAUUGCGCGGUGGGCAAACUUUCUGCCAACGGUCACACCUGCGAGAAUGUGGAAGAAUAUUUAGUUUUUGCUACGCGAACAGAGAUUCGCGCCAUAAAUCUAGAUCCGCACAAUACCAAUGUGCCUUUUGCGCCUGUUGGCAAUCUGACAAAUGUAGUCGGUGUAGACUUUGAUUAUCAAGAUAAGAAGUUGUUGUUUACUCAAAUUCGUCCUUGGGCGAAGAUUGCGUGGACACCGUCCGACCGGCCGUCUUCUUCCGAUUUGCAUACGUUGAUUAGUAAAGGAAUUAAUCCUGAAGGCAUUUCCUACGAUUGGACUCAAAAGAAGGUGUAUUGGACGGACUCAUCUAAUAACAGCAUCUACGCGAUGGACAUCGAUGGAUCCAAUUUGGUGAUGAUUGCACGGGUGGACCGUCCACGCGCUAUCGUUGUCGAUCCUUGCAACGGAUCGCUUUACUUCACUGACUGGGGUCGUUUCGGGACGUCCGGAAAAGUUUUUAAGACGACUAUGGCGGGCUCGUUGAAACGAGCCAUUAUCGACAAGGAUCUUUCGCAGCCCAGUGGUCUGGCGAUUGACUACGACGAUCGCAUGCUGUAUUGGACCGAUGCUGUGCGCGAGAAAAUCGAACGAUCCGAUCUCGAAGGAAAUAACAGAGAGAUUCUAGUUAGCGCUACCAUAUAUCCCUUCGCCAUCACUGUCUUUAGAGGGCACAUCUAUUGGACGGAUCUGCAACUUCGUGGAGUUUAUCGAGCGGAAAAGCAUACUGGAGCCGACAAGAUCGAGCUGGUGAAGCGAUUGGAGGACUCCCCGCGAGACCUUCACGUCUUUUCCGCCGCCAGACAACAAUGUACCGUUAAUCCUUGCAACAUCAACAAUGGCGGCUGCGAUCAGUCCUGCCAUCCAGGCCACAACGGCUCUGCAGAGUGCAAGUGUGACGACAACAGCAGGCUGGUGAACGAAAACAGGAUGUGCGUACCAAAGAACGUUACUUGCAACGACAGCAAGUUUGCUUGCAGAAAUGGUAGGUGUAUCUCCAGAAUGUGGGCUUGCGAUGGCGACGAUGACUGUGGUGACGGCUCCGAUGAGAACGCAAGUUAUUGUUCCUAUCACUCAUGCAGUCCGAAUGAAUUCCGCUGCAAUAACGGUCGAUGCAUCUUCAAAACGUGGAAGUGUGACCACGAAAAUGACUGUCGGGAUGGUAGCGACGAAGAGGGAUGUGUUUACCCGCCGUGUGCGUUAGGUGAAUUCACUUGUGCAAAUUACCGUUGCAUUCCGCAGUCACAGGUGUGCAAUGGCAUCAACGACUGUAAAGAUAAUGUCACCUCGGAUGAAACUCACGAGCGUUGCCCUCGCAAUACCACGUGUCCCUUGAAUCAUCUCAAAUGCGAGAAAACAAAUAUCUGUGUGGAACCCUAUUGGCUUUGCGAUGGCGACAACGAUUGCGGCGACAACAGUGAUGAGAACCCUGUCCAUUGUGCUCAGAGAACCUGCCCACAAAAUAGUUUCCGAUGCCCUAAUCACAGGUGCAUCCCAGCUACUUGGUAUUGCGACGGAGACGACGAUUGUCUGGAUGGAAGCGACGAGCCUCCUGGUUACUGUCAAUCCGAGGGUAGAACAUGCUUUGGUGACUUAUUCACGUGUGACAACGGCAACUGUAUUCCUAGGAUUUACAUAUGCGACGGUGACAACGAUUGUCUGGACAAUUCUGACGAAGAUGAACGUCACCAAUGCAAUGACAGAAAAUGUGAUGAAGAAACUGAAUUUACUUGCACCGCGAAUAAAAUGUGGAAUCGCGCUCAGUGUAUUCCCAAGAAAUGGUUGUGCGACGGGGAUCCGGAUUGUGUGGAUGGAGCUGACGAAAAUGUAACUUUACACCAUUGCCCAGCACCGACGCCUUGUGGUGACAAUCAGUUCACCUGCAACAACGGGCGAUGCUUGAAUCGCAGCUGGCUGUGCGAUCAUGACAAUGAUUGCGGUGACGGCAGUGACGAGGGCAAUUUUUGCAACUCCCAGUACAAGCAUUGCAACAGCCAAGAAUUCACUUGUCAGAAUUUCAAAUGCAUACGCAAGCAGUUCCGUUGUGACGGCCAGGAUGAUUGUGGUGAUCAUUCGGACGAAGUAGGAUGUCCGUCUAAAGGGAAGAACACCACAUGUCCAAAUCCAAAGGACUUCAUGUGCGCGAAUGGCAACUGCAUUGACUCACAACUGGUGUGCAAUAAGGAGCCGGACUGCGCCGAUGAAAGUGAUGAACCCUUGCACUGCAAUGUGGACGAAUGCGCACGUAUCGAGUUGAAUCAGUGCGGACACAAAUGCGUAGACACCCCGACUAGUUUCUACUGUGAAUGCAACCCUGGCUACAAGUUGUUGGAUGACGGCAAGGCCUGCGAAGACAUCGACGAGUGUAUCGAGACACCUCAAGUGUGUAGCCAACAGUGCGAGAACACGCCUGGCAGUUAUUAUUGCAAAUGUAACGAACGCUGGUACGAGAGAGAGGCGGACGAGCACACGUGCAAACGUAGAGACAACAUUCAACCAUGGAUCAUAUUCACGAACAAAUAUUAUGUCAGAAACAUGUCAAUCGACGCGCGCAAUUAUAGCCUGAUGCAUCAGGAUCUCAUCAACGUUGUCGCGCUGGACGCUGAUUAUACGGAGCAAAUGCUGUACUUCUGUGACGUUACUGCGAAAACGAUAUAUAGAGCACCGAUAAACGGUGGUGAAAGAGAAGCUAUUAUUCGUCACGAUAGCUUGGGUCUGGAAGGAAUAGCUAUCGACUGGGUUGGCCGAAAAUUGUAUUGGUUAGAUCGUCACGCAAAACACUUGGAUGUGUCAGAACUUGACGGUACCAACAGGAAGACCUUGCAGUCCGGAAUAGCAGAUCCUCGCGCUAUCGCAGUUCAUCCCGGCACUGGAUAUCUAUUUUUCACAUCGUGGCAUCUUCAGGCGUAUAUUGGUAAGAUGGGCAUGGACGGAAGCAACUUCACCCGAAUUCUGACAUGGGAAGACGACAUCGCCUGGCCAAACGCUCUGACCAUCGAUUACUUCACCGAUCGUAUAUUCUGGGCCGAUGCUCACUUGGAUUAUAUUGCCUUCGCCGACCUCGAAGGUCAUAAUCGACGGAUCGUUCUGUCGGGCACAUCAGUGCCACAUGUCUUCGCUAUUACUGUAUUCGACGAUUUCAUUUACUGGACCGAUUGGAAUCUGAAAGCCAUCAGUAGGGCGGAGAAAUUCUCUGGUGCUAAACUGAAGAUGUUACGCAACACUACCCAUCGACCUUAUGAUAUCCAUGCAUACCAUCCUCUUAGACAACUGCCUUACAAUAAUCCCUGUGCGGAGAACAACGGUGGUUGCUCGCAUCUUUGCCUUAUCGCACCGCCAGCCAGCUCAUACCUGCUUGAAGGAUACGGCCAACCUGGUGUUACCUCCUACAAAUGCGAGUGUCCGAAUCAAUUUAGCCUGGACAAAGACGGCAAGACGUGUAUCGCGAACUGCACUGCGGGUCAGCAUCGUUGCGGGCCGCCCGAUGAGAAGUGUAUUCCUUGGUAUUGGAGGUGCGAUGGAGAGAAGGACUGCAAGGACGGUUCUGACGAAUCAUCCAGUUGUCCGCCGAGGAAUUGUGGACCGAGUGUGUUCCAAUGUGCAAAUGGUAAUUGCACGCCGACCGUGACAAUUUGCGAUGGGUCUGAUGAUUGCGGCGACAAAAGCGACGAAGCCAAAUGUGCGCUCGAGUGUGGGGAACUUGAAUUCAAGUGCAAAUCAAACGGUCGUUGUAUACACGAUUCUUGGAAAUGCGACGGAGACGCUGACUGUAAAGACGGUAGCGAUGAGGAUCCCGUUAUUUGUCAUAACCGAACUUGCGAUCCGAGCACUGAAUUCAGCUGCAAGAAUGGCAAGUGCAUCCCCAAACUAUGGAUGUGCGAUUCCGACAAUGAUUGCGGAGAUGACAGUGACGAGCCGGCCUACAUGUGUCGACAAAGGAAUUGCACGACGGGAUGGCAACGGUGUCCAGGACACGCGAACUACCGAUGCAUUCCGAAAUGGCUGUUCUGCGACGGCAAAGACGAUUGCCGUGAUGGCUCCGACGAACGUCCGGAGAACUGUCCGAAGUGCGAUCCUAGUAUGGACUUUAGGUGCACCAAUAAUCGGUGCGUGCCGAAACAAUGGCUUUGCGAUUUUGCCGAUGAUUGCGGAGACGGUAGCGACGAGGCGGAAGCGAUGUGCAAGGAUAAGUAUCGCGAGUGCUCCGAGUCUGAGUUCAAGUGCAAAAAUGGCAAAUGUAUCGCAUCCAGAUGGAGGUGCGACAGUGAAGAUGAUUGUGGCGAUGGCAGUGACGAAGAAGAAUGUCAUCGAUGGGUGUGCAAGAACGAUAGUUUCCAAUGCACCAGCGGUCACUGCAUCGCGUCCUAUCUUCGUUGCAAUGGAGCGCGCAACUGCCGCGACAUGAGCGAUGAAGUCGAUUGUCCACCGAGAUAUCCCGGUGGAAGAUAUUGCCCGCAAUCGCGAUUCCAGUGUGACAACAAUCUCUGUGUCGCACAAACUGACAUCUGUGACGGUACCGAUGAUUGCGGCGACAAUUCCGACGAGAACCCAACCAUGUGUGCAAACUUCGAAUGCGAUACACACAGACGAUUCCAGUGCGCGAAUCACAAGUGCAUCGCCAAGUAUCAACUGUGUGACGGAAUCGACAAUUGUGGCGACGGCUCCGAUGAGAAUAACAUGACGAUUUGCGUCAAACAGAUGCGCCCGUGCGACCCUAUGUCAGAGUAUACCUGUGCGAAUAAAAAAUGCAUCGAGCGGCAGAAACUCUGUGAUCUCGCGAAUGAUUGCGGUGACUUGUCGGACGAGUUGGGAUGUCAUCAUAAUCAGCACUGCUUAGAGACCGAUCGCGGCGGCUGCGCUCAUCAGUGCCACAACAUUACUGACGGCGGCUACAUCUGCGCUUGUUAUCCCGGUUAUAUAAUCUCGCCAGACAACCGGAAGCAUUGUGUGGAUAUUGACGAAUGUCAAACCGGCCAACAUCAAUGCUCCCAUAUUUGUACCAACUUGAACGGCUCGUACGCCUGUUCUUGCCGGCAAGGUUUCCAAUUAUCGGACGGCCAUAGUGGUGUUUGUCGUGUCGAAGAUGACGACGUAGUCGUAUUAUUUGCUAAUGGACCCGAAGUCAGAGCCUAUGGUUUGCAUACUAACGAAGAAAUGGACGUGAUAAGUGACGAGAAGAAGGUGCAAGCUAUCGAUUUUGAUCCUAAAGCAGAAUACGUUUUCUGGAUUGAUUCAUACGAUAACACUAUCAAACGAUCCUACAUGGUGAACGCCAAAAAGGGCGAAGCAAAAAUUGGAUAUGCGCAGGACCUCAAUAUGAAGACUGAAUCUAAACCGACGAGUCUGGCAGUAGAUUGGAUUUCCGACAAUUUAUAUUGGAGCGAACUCGACGAAACAGGAGCUACUUCUCACGGUCGAAUCAUGGUGUCCAAGUCGGACGGCAGAUAUCGACGUAGCCUAGUCACUGUAAAUCUCGAGCAACCAACCUCGGUAGCCGUGGAUCCCGAACGAGGAGAACUCUUAUGGGCUGAUGCAGGUAGUCAGCCAAAGAUCGAAAUAGCUUGGAUGGAUGGUGAUAGACGUCAAAUGCUUGUAUCGGAGCGAAUCGCUAAUCCUUCGGCACUCACCAUCGACUAUGCCAUGGAACAUACGCUCUAUUGGUCUGACAGCAAAUUGGAUACCAUCGAAGCAAUCAGUUUAACUGGCACCAAUAGGAGAGUCGUCUUAAAGGGUAGAUCCCUUAAGAAUCCAGUAGCAUUGGAUGUUUUCGAGAACAAUCUUUAUUGGACCACCAGGCAAACAGGCGAGCUUAUUCGACAAGAUAAAUUUGGCAGAGGAGUGCCGAAUGUUAUUGUCAAGAAUCUCCCUAGUCCCGGAGGCGUUAGGGUUUAUCAUCAGCUGAGAUAUAACACUACAUUGAGAGACCCUUGUCACAAUGAUCAGUGCACUCAUCUUUGUGUUACAAUCCCUGGCGGACAUCGUUGUCUUUGCUCAGACAGUGUUGGUCCUCUUCAACGACCUAUCAGGGAUAACGAGAGGCAUUGUGACGCUACUAAUGAAAGGCCCUUACCGGCACCUAGGAUAUGUCGUUGCCAAAAUGGCGGGCGAUGCCAAGAGAUGGAUGAUAAGCUGGCAUGUAACUGCCGUGAAGAAUUUCAUGGUGAAUUCUGUGAAAUGGCGGCGGUUGCUGCUAUAGCAGGCGGGUCUACCGCUGCCAUAGUUAUUCCUGUAGUUGUGACUCUGCUAGUACUGUCCGGUAUUGCUGCAGUCUUUAUGGUUCUCAAGAAGCGGCCAUUCAGUAAGCCCGGUGGCCUGAGCAGUCUCACUGGUGCUCAAAGUGUCUCCUUCCGUCAAGGCAGCAACGUAGAGUUUGGUUCAGCUGCUCACGAAAGGAUGGAGCCUCUCGAUGUUGAGUACAAUCUCAACGACGUCACCAAUAAGAAUCGAGACUUUAGCAAUCCAAUGUACGAUGCGGUGAAUAUGGAAAGUGGCGCUACAAACGGUACCGGUGCCAGUAGCAUGUAUGAAGUGCCGGCAGAGAUGAAACCCUCCAGUGUACAGCACAAAGAACCCCCGCAACUACAUCUAAAGAGGAGAGAACUAGACCCAACGCCCAUCGACUCGGGCAAGGACACCCAGCAACUGGUCGAGGAGGACAAGUCCGAAUGCUAGGACUAACCUAUAUUUAGGGAUUUCUUCAUACCUAUCGUGCUUCGAACUCGAAACGUAAAUCGACAUGUUUCACGAGAGUGGGUAAUAUACAGGGACACAACACAAAUUAGCUCAUCAUUUUUACGUAAACAGUGCGAAUUACCUGCAACUACUCGUUAUUUAUUAAGAAGGCAAUCGAACAAGAUUCUUUUUUAACGUGUGGCGACUGAUUGAUGAUGAGGUUCUGUCUUAUUUAGCGAUCUCCGAACAUGAAUAUUUCGAGAGAUCUCCGAGUUCUUUGAGGAUAAGAGGAUAAUAGAAAAGAGGAAAAACUUGGAUGAAAAAAUUUGAGAACGUUGCUGUCUCGAAUUUAGCAUAAAAGAAUUUUUGUACAAUAAUUACGAAAGAUCCGAAUCUUUGUAUAUCCAGGCACCUAACCAGGUUCUUGACACACAUUUAGGCUGUUAACUUCCUGCAUUCCCAGACCGAAGGAUUUUUGGUACGCAGCUUCUUAUGAAUCCAUAGGUCCUUUGAACCAAAAAUUUGUGAACUAGUUCUGGGAUCCUGGAAUCCUGGAUAUUAUAGGACGAUAGAGGAUAGAGGACAGACGAGGUUGCGAAUUGAUAGCAUCAAUUUAACGGGGAGAAUAGGCUGAGAACGAAUGGCAAUAGGCACGAUUUUAUUGUGUCAUUUUUUACUAGGUGUGAUUUGUAAGUCUUGUAAAUAUAAUUGCUAACAAAAUAUAAUAUUCAUGUUAUCCUUGUAUCAUAAAAGACGCAACACAUUCCAUUCUCUCUCAAGGUUGCUGCUUGAAGUGUAGUGAUAGCACACUUCUAAUUGUUAGAACGUGUAUGUAUAUGUGUGUAUAUGCGUGCACGUGCGCGCAGUACUCGAAUUGGUACGUUAAAUUUCUUGACGAGCCUCCAAACCAGCUAGCAUAUCUGUACACUGUGUAUUGGUACUUUCCAUCCGAUUUUAUAAAGUAUAAUUAUAUUAUGAUAUAAGAAAAAGAUAGUUCUUCUCCUAUUUCAAACCAUGAUUAUUCGAACGAAGAUUUAAGAAAAGGAGACUACUUAAUAAUUCGGUUUCAGAGGUAUGAUUCGAGUACUACGUGUAUGCGUCAGAAUUAACCCUCAAUUACAAUAUGGUGGGGUCAAGUUUGACUUCAGUGAGAAUCUUUCAAGUCGAAAGUUUAUAAAAUUCAAGAGGUUCCUUUCUUUAUCGAUAUUUCCAUUAUCUUCUUGUUCACGUCGCAAACUUAUAAUUUCAAUAGUCAGUACUUUCGAUUAAAAUUUAAUGUAACUGUGUUCUCGGGGUUGGAAUUGAAUCCUGCUAUGACAGUUACAUUAUCUGGGUUGGGCUAUAGUAGUUGAGGAUUAAUGAUGUACGCGCAUUCGUUCAAGAAGCGCGUCUUUAGCGGAGUAUGUCAGCGUGGCGUUAGACUUUUUUAUGUUGAAAAGUGGCCUACCUUGUUAUGAUGAGUAGAAGCGUGCAAGCCCAAGGAGCGAGAUAAACGCGUGUUCCGCGUAUGAGCGUUAUUAAAUGUUAUUCUUGUGGAUGUUAUUGCAGAACGAUCGAUUGUAUGAUAUAAAUAAGUAUCUUUUCCGCGGCGAACAUACGCACGGAAUAUUUGCUCGGCCAAUAUGAUUGUACAUUUUUCUAGAUUAUGUGGGGUACUUUUCCUGCAAAAAAUGGUUGAAUUAAAAGGAAUCGACGGGAAUUUAUUCUGUAAAAUUAACUCUCUCUCUCUCUCUAUUUCUUUUUUUUAAUCGGAAAUUUAUUUUAACAUUUUUAUAUUCUUCCCGUUCUUUCCUAUUUCUUCCUAUCUUUUCCCGAGACGCUACGUUAUACAUUUUAAUAAAUUUUUCUUACGUAAUUUGUUAAAAUAAUGUGAAAAAGGACACGUUUUAAACGAUAAAUUCUCAUCUAAUUUAACCUAAAAUAUUAAAUUUCUUUGUUUUUAUAUCAACAGGUGAUUCAAAGUCCUUUUCUUCUAUAUUAAAUAAUAAAAGAAGAAUAUGUAAUAUUUAAUUAACGCAGCUUCGAACGUUGUAUGUCUGAUUAUAACGAAAUAAUUAAUAUGAAACAAGUUCCUAUUAAUUCCUUUUAAUACAUAUAUUUUUUGCAGGAUCAGUACGUGUGUAAUUCUUCUUCCGCGCAAACUAUGAUCGCAAUGCGAAGUUCCUUGUAUCCUUUUAACACAUGAUACUCUAAUGUUAUGUAUGAAAAUUGGGUUUCUUAUCAAAUUGUCGAAAUUUUCUAAAAUUCUUGAAAUUUCUUUUAAAAUUCAAUGCAGGGCCGAGAAAAAUUUCAAGAAUUUUUUUUUUAAUUUUAAAGUUGAAACUUUAUGGGAAUCUUUUAAUUUUAUAAAUAUCAAAUAUUAAUUGAAUCAUACGAUGUGAGAAGACAUGUUUUGUUCCUAGGUGAUGCAAGGAUAUUCAUACGCUAAGACAUUGGGAUAUUAAGAUUAUGCUCGAUGUACAUACAUGUUUCGCGAAGUAAAGGAAGAGAAUUAUCGACACUGACCCAUGUUUUCCGUGCACACAGAUUAUUAUACAUAAAAAUAUAUAAAUAAAUAAAUAAAUAUAUAUUUUUUGUUGCAAACGACUUUGAUCUGGGCAGGGCUCCAGAAAGUGUCCUGAUAAUAUUUUAAUAUAUCAGUAUUUUGUGUAUUUUUUUAUCAAGUAAACAAAAUAAUAAUUGUUAAUAUAUUGUGCAAAUAUCAAACAGAUACCGUCCAAGAAUAAAUUGCAUAGUUGACAAUUCAA